UCACAUUGAAAGAAGAGGAGGAGAAAGCUAUCACAUUGAAAGAAGAAGAAGAUGAGAAAUAUAUCACAUUGAAAGAAGAAGAAGAGGAGAAAGAUAUCACAUUGAAUGAAGAAGAAGAGGAGAAAGAUAUCACAUUGAAUGAAGAAGAAGAGAAAGAUAUCACAUUGAAAGAAGAAGAAGAUGAGAAAUAUAUCACAUUGAAAGAAGAAGAAGAGGAGAAAGAUAUCACAUUGAAUGAAGAAGAAGAGAAAGAUAUCACAUUGAAUGAAGAGGAGAAAGAUAUCACAUUGAAUGAAGAGGAGAAAGAUAUCACAUUGAAUGAAGAGGAGAAAGAUAUCACAUUGAAUGAAGAGGAGGAGAAAGAUAUCACAUUGAAAAAAGAAGAUGAUGUGAAAGAUGAGGAAGAAGCUUUCAGGGUGGAGGGGGAGGAUGAAGAGAAGGAGACUGGAGAUCUGAUUAACACCAAGGAGAGACCAGACUCUCACAGCGGGAAGAGUCCUUCAGAAGAAGCAGCCCCAAAGACAUCCAAACCAGUAAGACCACAUGACUGCUCCCAGUGUGGGAAGAGAUUUAUCAGGUUAGGGCACCUGAAAGAACAUAAGAAAACACACACAGGAGAGAACCCUUUCUACUGCUCCCAGUGUGGAAAGAGUUUUAGACACUCAGGCCAUCUUAAAGUGCAUGCAAGAAAACACACUGGAGAGAUGCCAUAUCAAUGCUCCCAGUGCGAUUUUUUCUUUUACUCAUCAGGGGUCCUUAAAUCACAUGAGAGAACACACUUAGGAGAGAGGCCAUUCCAAUGCUCUCAGUGUGGAAAGAGUUUUACCCGGUCAGGGAAUCUGAAUAUGCAUUUGAGAACACACACAGGGGAGAAGCCUUUCCACUGCUCCCUGUGUGGAAAGAGUUUUACCUGGUUAGGGAACUUGAAAAUGCAUGAGAGAAUGCACACAGGAGAGAAGCCUUUCCACUGCUCCCUGUGUGGAAAAAGGUUUACCUAUUUAGUGACACUGAAGAAGCAUGAGUUGACACACACAGGGGAGAAGCCUUUCCAAUGCUCCAAAUGUGGAAAGAGUUUUACCCAGUUAGUGAACCUGAAAAGGCAUGAAGGAACACACACAGGAGAGAAGCCUUUCCACUGCUCCUUGUGUGGUAAGCGUUUUACCCAGUUAGUGAACCUGAAAAGGCAUGAAAGAACACACACUGGAGAGAAGCCAUAUCAAUGCUCCCAGUGUGGAAAUACAUUUUUCUCAUCACGUGACCUGAAAUCACAUGAGAAAACACACUUAUCAGAGAGGCAUUUCCAAUGUUCUCAGUGUGGAAAGAGUUUUACCCGGUUAGGGAACCUGAAUAGGCAUUUGAGAACACACACAUGGGAGAAGCCCUACCACUGCUUAGACUGUGGAAAGAGCUUUACCCAGCAAGGGGACCUGAAAUCACAUGAGCGGACACACACAGGAGAUAAGCCUUUCCAAUGUUCCCAGUGUGGAAAGAGUUUUACCCAGUUAGUGAACCUGAAAAGGCAUGAAGGAACACACACAGGAUAGAAGCCUUUCCAAUGUUCUCAUUGUGGAAAUACAUUUUCCCAGUAAGAGGACCUGCAAUCACAUGAGAGAAUAGAGAGGCUGUGUGUUGACAUACAGUACCAGUCAAACGUUUGGACACGCCUACUCAUUCAAGGAUUUUCUUUAUUUUUACUGGCAGAGCUUGAAAGGAUCUGCAGUGAAGAAUAGGAGAAACUCCCCAAAUACAGGUGUGCCAAAGGUACUUCAACAAAGUACUGAGUAAAGGGUCUGAAUAUUUUUGUAAAUGUAAUAUAUUUUUUUGUGUGUGUAGAUUUGAUGAGGGGAAAAGUUGGUUGAGAGAAUGCCAAGAGUGUGCAAAUCUGUCAUCAAGGCAAAGGGUGGCUACUAUGAAGAAUGUCAAAUAUAUAAUAUAUUUGGAUUUGUUUAACACGUUUUUGGUUACUACAUGAUUCCAUAUGUGUUAUUUCAUAGUUUUGAUGUCUUUACUAUUAUUAUACAAUGUAGAAAAUAGUUUUAAAAAAAUAAAGAAAAACCCUUGAAUGAGUAGGUGUGUCAACAGUUUUGACUGGUACUGUAUACAAUUGAAGUCAGAAGUUUACAUACACUUAGGUUGGAAUCAUUAAAACUCGUUUUUCAACCACUCCACAAAUUUCUUGUUAACAAACUAUAGUUUUGACAAGUAAUUAGGACAUCUACUUUGUGCAUGAAAGUUUUUGGAGAAACGUCUUCUGGUCUGAGGAAACAAAAAUAGAACUGUUUGGCCAUAAUGACCAACGUUAUGUUUGGAGGAAAAAGGGGGAGGCUUGCAAGCCGAAGAACACCAUCCCAACCGUGAAGCACGGGGGUGGCAGCAUGUUGUGUGGGCGCUUUGCUGUAGGAGAGACUGGUGCACAACACAAAAUAGAUGGCAUCACGAGGUAGGAAAAUGAUGUGGAUAUAUUGAAGCAACAUCUCAAGACAUCAGUCAGGAAGUUAAAGCUUGUUCGCAAAUGGGUAUUCCGAAUGGACAAUGACCCCAAGCAUACAUCCAAUGUUGUGACAAAAUGGCUUAAGGACAACAAAGUCAAGGUAUUGGAGUAGCCAUCACAAAGCCCUGACAUCAAUUCUACAGAAAAUGUGUGGGCUGAACUGAACAAGCAUGUGUGAGCAAGGAGGCCUGUACAAACCUGACUCAGUUACACCAGCUCUGUCAGGAGGAAUGGGCCAAAAUUCGCCGAACUGAUUGUGGGAAGCUUGUGGAAGGCUCCCCGAAACGUUUGACCCAAGUUAAACAAUUUAAAGGCAAUGCUACCAAAUACUAAUUGAGUGAAUGUAAACUUCUGACCCACUGGGGAUGUGAUGAUAUUAUUCUGACAUUUCACAUUCUAACAAUAAAGUGGUGAUCCUAACUGACCUAAAACAGGGGAUUUUUACUUGGAUUAAAUGUCAGGAAUUGUGGAAAAACUGAUUUUAUUUGGCUGAGGUGUAUGUAAACUUCUGACUUCAACUGUAUAUUUUAUAUAUUUUUACUAAGAAUUUGUGUUUUUUGGUUUGUAUGUAUGAAACUCAAAAAUAUGCCUUACAUUUGUUGUUUUUUUCUUCUCAAGACAUGUUUUUAAUUAUGAGUUUUGAUUGAUUGUGUUCAUGUAUAAACACUUCGAUGUUUAUUGUAUGAUUUGGAUAUUGGUCUUUCAAAAUGUAAAUACUUUUCCAGAUGAAUAAAAUGCGUUUCUUGUUUCUA